CAGAAACCCUAAAGGGAGUGGUAUUGGUACCGGUGGUCAGUUGGGCGAUUGGUCACAGAAUUCAGAAACAAUGGGGAAUGUUUUUGAAAAAUUGUUUAAAAGUCUCUUUGGGAAAAAGGAGAUGCGGAUUCUUAUGGUGGGUUUGGAUGCCGCUGGAAAAACCACCAUCUUGUACAAACUGAAGCUGGGAGAGAUUGUGACUACCAUCCCUACCAUAGGUUUCAACGUGGAGACAGUAGAAUAUAAAAACAUCAGCUUCACAGUCUGGGAUGUCGGCGGCCAGGACAAAAUCAGACCUCUGUGGCGACAUUAUUUCCAGAACACACAAGGUCUGAUUUUCGUGGUCGACAGUAAUGACAGAGAGCGGGUCAAUGAAGCCCGAGAAGAACUAACCAGAAUGUUAGCCGAAGACGAGCUCAGAGAUGCAGUCUUAUUGGUGUUUGUAAAUAAACAGGAUCUUCCCAAUGCUAUGAACGCAGCAGAGAUAACAGACAAGCUUGGCUUACAUUCCCUCCGCCAGAGAAACUGGUACAUUCAGGCCACUUGUGCCACCAGCGGAGAUGGGCUUUAUGAAGGCCUGGACUGGCUCUCCAACCAGCUCAAAAACCAGAAGUGACGGGAGGUGCUGCGGUCCCCAUGCAUCGUGGCAAAGUCAGCUGGCCUCUUGUGUGUGCGUGUGUGCGUGUGAGGAGCCGUGUGGGUGUGUGGCCGGGCGUGGGAGCAGCUUUCUCACAUAGUGCCUUAUACACGCUCUAAAGAAACCAGUCUUACAUGUUAAGAACAACCAGUGUUCCACUUUCUACGCUACCUUCCAUUUCAAUAGCUUUGAUGACCAGCUUUGCAGUCCAUGGGGGAGUCCCAAGGGCGCCCCCAUGCCCGAGAGCCAGACUGGUCUUUGUGAUGGAAAAGUUGCGGGAGGGUGGGCCAUGCAUGGACUGCCUCCACUUGUGUGAUCUUGGCCCAGGCCUGGGGUCUCUGCACACCUGGGGAUCCUGUUAGACUCUGGCAUCCUUUUGUUAAAAAAAAAAAAGGAAGGCUCAAAUUAAAAAGGCCCUUGCUUACCACAGAUGUAAAGUUCAGAUGUGAACUUGUUAUUUUCUAGCCCAGAGGUCCUGAUUUAAUAUACUUUACUGAGAGAAAUCAGUGAUCUUAUUCUAUGAGAAGAAAAAAAAACCCGUAACACUAGACCCUGUAACACUAGAAAAUCUUCGAAUCCUUCCUUCCUUUGACUCUCAUUUGCCAAAUGGAGACCCUCUGGGGUGGGCACCCAGCGCGUGGCAAGGCUCUUUGCCAGGGCCGCCCCGCCACGCCCCAGGCUGGGUUAAAGAGGGGCGACGCCUUCGUGUUCCUCGUCACCUCUCCGAGGCUGCUGCCCCCGCUCUGCUCGGCGCCGAAUGUUCUCCGCCUGAAGCAGGAGCUUGGCUCCCCAGAUGGAAGCAGAACCAUGUACGGUAUGUUAGUCUAACUUGCAGUUUGGGUUAGCUGCUCUUCCUAGAACCACACACCCGGGAGUUCUGAGAGUUUGUGAGAGAAUCAAGGGGUUAAAUCUGGGCAACAAGACGCCCGGCAGCCAAGUUGGUUGGUGCUAAAUUUUGCCAUGAAGGAUGUCUCAUCCAGGCCACUCUCCGUGGCACUGGGACUCCCUCUUGUGGUUGGCAAUCAUGGAAUUUUCCAUGCCAUGGAAUCAUGGCGAACGUGGAAAUGUGCUCUAUGUUAUACUCAAAAUAGAGGUAACAACGACCUGGAAACGAGCUGGGUUCGCUCAGUAGUCUAGAGCUGUUUUGUCCAGACAGCUGUUGUCCAAAUUUGUACCUAAGCUCUUCCACGACUACCUUUUAAAACUGCUUUAAAAAAAAAAAAAAAAAAAAACCUCUUAAAUCACAGAGGAGGAGAGUGUAAAAUGAAUUUUAUCAAAAGUAAACCUUGCUGAUAACCAUGAAGUUGCUAUGACUCAGAAGAAAUUUCAUGCUGUGAUCAAUGUGGAAUGUAAUGUUUUUCCUUAAGACAUUGACUUUAAAGAAUGUUCCUUGCAGUACUGGCAACAAAAUCCAGAUUUGAUUUUUAAACCAUGCAAUUAAGUCCUGAGAAAGAUUGUGCGCCUCAAAUUGGCAGGGAGUGUGUCUUACACUUUUGUAUUUAUGCUUAGUGCGUGUGCCCAUGCUGGGCCUCAUCAAACACUUGUUGAUUGGU